GCUCUCUCUGUCUCUGCUUGCAGUGAAUUUCCGAGAUCACAGUCGAGCACGGGACGAGCGCAACACCUUCUCGAACAAAUCAUUUCUGGGUUUCAACUUUUCGACCACUUCCUCCAGUCAUGAACUUGCCAAUCGCUUUCGUCUCCAUCAUCGCUUUGGUCCUGCUGUCCAGCGAUUCUCUCCGCGGAUCAUCCUCGACUUCACUACCCAAAGACCCACUUCUUGGGGUUGCUCCUGAAGAUGUGAAAUAUUACAGUUCAUCGCACAGGAUCAAAUGCAAGGAUGGAUCGAGGGAAUUUACCAGAGCCCAGCUAAAUGACGAUUUCUGUGACUGCCCUGAUGGCACAGAUGAGCCAGGAACAUCAGCAUGCCAAAAUGGAAAAUUUUAUUGUUGGAAUGCAGGACAUGUUCCUGUCAUUCAAUUUUCUUCGAGAGUAAAUGAUGGUAUUUGUGACUGCUGUGAUGGGAGUGACGAGUACGACAAUAAAGUGAAGUGCCUGAAUACAUGUCGGGAAGCUGGAAAAGCAGCAGCAGUUGAGUUGAAAAAAAAGAUCGCUGUGUACCAGGAGGGUGUUGCCAUACGUAGACAGGAAAUGGAAAAGGCAAAAGCAGCUGUUGCAAAAGACAAGGAAGAAUUGUCAAAGCUGAAAAGUGAGGAGAAAGUGCUGAAAUUGCAGUUUGAACAGCUUAAAGAGUGCAAAGAACAAAUAGAGAGAGCAGAGGAGAAAGAACGCAUGAGAAAAGAAAAAGAAGAGAGACAAAAAAGAGAAGUUGAGGAGAAAGUUGGCAGAGAGAAAAGCAAAACAGCCGAGGAAAUCAACCAAGAGACAAUUGGAAAGGGGAGAGGAGGUGAAAGUGAUACAUCAACUACAGAGAGUAUGCGUGAUGAAAGGAUUGGACUUGUGGAUGAUUAUCCAUCUGACCAGGAUUUGGAAGAAGAUUUGUCAGGGGAACAUGAUCAUCUACUGACCGGAUUCCAUGAUAAGCAAAUUACUCAUGCUGUCGAAAAGAAAGAUGAGUUGGUAACACCGGCAAGCGAGGAAGAGUCGAUUGUUUCAUCUGAACCUAUUGUCGACGCCGAAAGCAAGGUGGUUAAUGGUUAUAUAACUGCAGAAGGAGAUGACACAUCUGAGAAUGCCGAGGAACUGUCAAAGGAACAGUUGGGUCAACUUGUUGCUUCUCGGUGGACAGGGGAGAAGACAGAGAAGGAAAGUGGGAAAGACUUUGCCAGAGAUAACAAUCAUGCGGAACAAAGUAGCGAGAUCCCAAAAGACAUGCGUGAUGGUAUUGAUGAUAUACAUGCGUUAGAAACUGCUCACAGCGAAAAGAAUGAGUAUGAUAAUGUGGAAGAUGGGUUUGAUGAAGAUUCUGCAGCGAAGGAUCAUUAUGAUUUCACUUCUCAUUACACAGACGAAUCAGAUAGUGACUCAGACGAAUCAGAUAGUGACUCAGACGAUGAAUUAGACUUAGAAGAUCUAGCAAUCCAGAUGUUCGUUUCUUGGGUAGAGAAGAUGAAGAAAAUGUUGCGGGGAAUUCUUCAGGCCAUCAAUAUAUUCCAGACUCCUGUUGACAUAUCUGAGGCUGCUCAGGUACGCAAAGAAUAUGAAGAAUUGAGAACCAAAUUAUCUAAGAUCCAGUCAAGAAUAUCAAGCUUGUCACAAAAGCGGAAACAGGAUUUCGGCCCAGGAAAGGAGUUCUAUUCAUACUAUGGUCGCUGUUUUGAGAGCAAACAGAAUAAGUACAUUUACAAAGUGUGCCCCUUUAAAGAAGCUUCCCAGCAUGAAGGGCACUCUACAACACGCUUGGGGAAGUGGGACAAAUUUGAUGACAGUUACGGAGUCAUGAUCUUCUCAGCUGGUGACAAGUGCUGGAAUGGUCCUGACAGAAGUAUGAAGGUGAAGCUGAGAUGUGGGUUGGAAAAUGAGGUUGCCGAUGUAGAUGAACCAAGUCGUUAUGAAUAUGAAGUGCUGCUAUCCACUCCAGCUCUUUGUAAAGAAGAUGAACUGAAGGAACUUCAAGAUAAGCUAGACACGAUGAGCAGAGAACUGAUGGAAGGCCACGACGAACUAUAAUAGAUUGCGGAAUAUCGAGCUUGAACGACCCGCUUUGUUCGUAAGAGGCUUACAAGUAACAUUUCUCAAGUAAAGGAGCGACCUGUGCAGGCCUUUGUCAGUUGAGCUUCUUCGUGGUUACUAGGCUGGAAAAGUUUAGCAUUCUUGGGAGCACGUUGAUUACCAGAGCUGUCGAAUGGGUAAAUGGCAGGAUCAGGAUGGGAAGCUCUCGACAUGACUGCGGCGUGAGAAGGAUUUUCACGUUACUGACCGACAUGUUGUAGGCUUGUGGCAUCUUAUUGUAUUUAGUGUUUCUAAAUAGCUGUAAUGUCGAUAGUUUUGUGUAUGCCCGGAACAUGGUGAUUCUUCUGACUAUAUUAUACAGCUCUUUUGUAGAUCAACAUCGAGCAGUCCAGAUGCCGAACCGCGAUUAACUUAGUUUGAAGGUUAGAGGGUGCAUAAGACACAAUAGGUAAUUCACAGCAGGUGAAAAUGGCGACAGCUUUUGCCAUUCAUUCGUUGCCUGUCGCAUAUAGUUUCGUCGAAAUGAACCAACCAAUGUGUACGCG